AAAAAAUCCACCGUCAAUUGAGCCGCCCCGAAUACGGAAGGCUCACCCAACAUAUCACACACGAAGGGAAGGGCCGGCCUCAUCACAAAACCUGAAAAAAAAUUAAGUAACCGGGCACGGAUGCGGAAUAUACAAGGGACAAAAAAAAGAUGAACAACACACUGCUGCGCUGCUUAGGGGGCCUGAGGUCGUCCGUCCCGAGGCUUGCAGCGCCGGCUACAUCCACGCUGGCUCCUGCUGCCAGCAGGCUCCGGUUACAACACGCAAACUGGUUCAACACGUCGGCGCCCGUCGCUGAGCAGCCAUCUCUGGCAAAGGCACAACAAUCCAACUCCUCAGAUGCAACCAUCAGCGCGUCUUCAUUACCUCCGAAACCACAAACGGCAACCGACCCAUCGGCCGCUCCUCAGACAGCACUCUCCUCUAUCCCAGACCUCCUCCCGCUCCUCGCCGCCCAGCCGAAGCACUACAUAACGGUGCACAUUCAUGGGAAGCCGUACCUCGUGACCCCGGGCGACUCUGUACGCCUGCCCUUCAAGAUGCCCGGGGUUCUCCCCGGCGACACGCUCCGCCUGGACCGAGCCACCACCAUCGGUUCGCGCGACUUCACCCUGCAGGGUAAGCCCUAUGUCAGCACCGACCUGUUUAGGUGCCGCGCCACCGUCAUUGGCACCGACUCGGAGCCGAUCCGCCUCAAGGUUGUCAAGAAGCAGAGAACUAGACGUGCCAAGACAAUCAAGAGCAAGCACUUCUACACUACCAUCCGUAUCUCUGAGCUCAAGAUUGUGCUCCCCGAAGAGCCUGCCCCGAAGCCCGUUUCUGCACCGGGUUACAGCGACACUGGCAUUGUCUGGUCCUGAGAAUGGGGAGUCAGAUGGUGAAAGCUGGGAAUGACAUUUUGCGAAUACUUUGAUCGGCUCGGCCUGACUUUUAAGCUUGGUUAGGGUGAGUAUUGAAGGAAAUGGCUUCUUUUUUGAGCCAUAAUAUGUUUCGUUUGUAUCGACUAUGUUACCAACACGUGUAUAAAAAUAUAGAAUCGAGGCGAAUUCUUUUUGGUCGGAGUCUCCUUCCUCCUUAGGUAGCUUGUCGAAUGUAUUGGUAAAAUGCAAGACGCUCCGAAAUGUGAUGUUGUUUCAAUAAUGCCUUUGUAGCCAGUGAGAAACAUGUUUUUGUUCCGA